AGCAGAGGGCACCACGUUAGUUCCUGCUCUGGUAGUGAUUUAUAUUGAGAAAGGAAAAAGAAGAGGAAGGAGUGCUGUCUGGGACCAGUGUGGACAGCCCCACCCUACCCUGGCUGAGCAAACCACAGCUGAACAUAUAUCGACUUCUCAUCACCAGAACACAAACAUGGCAGGCUCACAUGGCAGUCCAUCAUGGAGCAGGCAUCUGUUCAAAGCUGUCCUAGUGGUCCUCGUGUUCGUCCUCCUCUUCCACUCAUCGUCAUCAUCCCAGUCCUAUCGAGACCCACCUGGCCAACAGAAGAGGGAGGCCUCAGCUGAUCUUUUGACCCAGAUUGGCCGAUCUCUGAAGGAGACGCUGGAUACCUGGCUGGGGCCAGAGACCAUGCAUGUGAUUUCAGAGACCCUGUUACAGGUGAUGUGGGCCAUCUCAUCAGCCAUCUCUGUGGCCUGCUUUGCCCUGUCUGGGAUUGCUGCCCAGUUGUUGAGUGCCCUGGGGCUAGAUGGUGAAAAUCUCACCCAGUCCUUGAAGCUCAGCCCCAGCCAAGUCCAGACCCUUCUACUGUGGGGAGCAGCAGCACUGGUCAUCUACUGGCUGCUGUCCUUGCUCCUAGGCUUGGUCUUGGCCUUGCUAGGACGGAUCCUGGGGGGUCUGAAGCUUGUCCUCUUUGUGGCUGGUUUUGUGGGCCUGGUGAGGUCUGUGCCUGACCCCUCCACCCGGGCCUUGAUGCUCCUGGCCUUGCUGACUCUCUAUGCCUUGCUGAGCCGGCUCACUGGCUCCAGGGGCUCGGGGACACACCUGGAAGCUAAGGUGAGAGGGCUGGAGCGCCAAAUAGAAGAGCUUCGAGGGAGGCAGAGGCGAGCGACCAAGGCACCCCGGAGUAUGGAGGAAGAAUGACAGGGAUAUCCCACAGUGACACCCUCAUCAUACCAAAGAGCUGAGCUGCUUCUGGGUCUCAUGGCCCUCCUUGCAGCCCCUUGCCCUUGCCUUGCCUGUGUCCAAACCCUUCACCCCUUUACCCCUGCACUAGUCCCUAGCUGAGAGAAGAGAACCUGCCUUCUGCAGGUGCUCAGUCAAGGGAUGGCUCCCUGCCCCUUUUCUGCUCCCAGCCUGCAUCCCCCAGGGCAGGUUGGAGGGGCCUCGGCUCCAGCUUCUGCUCUCAGCCAGUACCACUGCCACUGAUCUCCAUGAUGAUUAACCUGCUGCUGCCUGGCUUCCUUACAAAAGGCCUUUCCAGGCUGAAGCUACCAUUUCACCACACUCCAGCUCUCUUCUUCCUACUCAGACUCCCAUCACACCACCAUCCCAAGUCCCUCAAGACCCUUGCUGCCUUCCUUAUUGCACAGCAGUGGGAAGGGACAGGAGAGGCUAGACUCGAGGAUAAGUGAGAAACAGGGCCCUUGGAGGCCUGCACAUCUGGGUUCUGUUACAAGUGCCUUAAUGGGAGUCAAUAGCACCCUCCAGUUGCCCUUUGCCACACUGAAUGUAGGAAAGUGUGCUAUGGCUACUUUGUGUUCAGAAAGAGUAGUCCCUUGCAGAAUCCCAACUCUCCUGCAGCCAAAGCAAAGGCUAGCUCUCCUGCAGCUGGGGCCCUGUGGGAGACUGUCAAAUGUCCUUUGGGGAUUUCAGGGACCUUGAAAAAGGCAGGAGGACCCAAUGUCUAUUUCUCCUCCUGUCCACUCUGCCAUCCCAGCAGCUGGGAAGAGCAUGGCCUGGCCCUGAUCUAUUCUAUGGGGCCCAGGGGGAGCCUGCCACUAACCCUCUCCACCAGGGCACUUGUUCAGUCUUGGCCUUGGCCUGUAAAGCCUUCCUGGAGGAAGGUGUCCUGUGCCAGGUCCAACACAAGAUGUGAAAAAUAAAUGCCCAUUCUGACUGAUAAGGUUUGAUGUGGAAUCAUGGUUGCAGUGAUAUAUAUAUAUUUGUAUCAGCGCUUGGUUGGUUUUAAAUAAAGUGCACGCUAUUUUAUUAUCUUCUGAAUAAAAUGUA